UAAUCUCUCAGUUCCUCUUUCUGACAGCUGAAAAUGACAGAAAUUCCGUCGUACAUGAUCGAAAACCCUAAGUUCGAACCUUACAAGCCCAAAAAACGACUUUAUUACUCUUCUUCGUUGCUCUCCAUUCUCUUAUCGAUCUUCACUUACGUCUUGAUCUUUUACGUUUUCGAAGUAUCUCCAUCGUCUAUCUUCAAAGACACAAAGGUUUUGUUCUUCAUCUCUAACACUCUCAUCCUUAUCAUUGCUGCCGAUUAUGGCGCGUUCACUGAUAAGGAGAGACCCGACUUUUACAGUGAAUAUACUGUGGCUGCGGCAGCGAUGAGAAGCCGUGCAGAUCAUAGCGAUUCUCAAGCUCCCAUCUUCACAUACGGAGAAAACGCUAGACACCAAAACUCUGGACAUGCAGAAAUCAAGAAUCCUAAAGAUGUCGAUGUCAAGAACUAUAAGGAAGAAGAACCGAUGAUAAAAGAUAUCGUUUGUGUUUCUUCGCCUCCUGAGAAAAUAGUACGGGAGGUGAAUGAAGAGAAACCAAGAGACGAUGUGGCUAUCAAGAAAUACAAACCAGUUACAGGUAGUGAGCAAAGUGCUGCUAACAAAGAAGGUUGCAACACAAGAAGCCAUGUGUACCGUAGAUCUUACGAACGGACUAAAUCAGAUAAACCCCGACGGGUGAAGACAACCGAAGAAACAAAGGCCAAACGUAAAAAUUAUCGUCGAAGCGAAUCAGAUAGCUCGAAAUGGAUGGUUGUUCCGGAGAAAUGGGAGAGUGUUGAAGAAGAAUCUGAAGAGUUCUCGAAGAUGUCGAACGAGGAGUUGAAUCGAAGAGUCGAAGAAUUCAUACAAAGAUUCAAUAAACAGAUGAGAUUACAAUCGCGAGUUUCGUCUACAUGAAUCCUGGAUUGCUCAUAGUAUAUAAAGUUAGUAAGAACGAAAAAAAAAAAUAGUAAGAACUCUCAUCUUCUUUUUGUUGUUAAGAGUUCUUUUGUUUCUCUCUUUUUGUUAAUACUUCGUGAUCGGAUGACCUUUUUGGCAGUCGUCUGUGUAAACUAGACAUGAAAAGCAUAAUAGUUACUGGUAUAAAUUACAUGUAACUAUAAUUGCUUUUUGUCUAUAAAACAUUGUAAUAUCGGUUAAAUAUGCUACAUGUGUGUAGAUUUAUAAGAAAGAAUUAUAUUUCUUUAUCUUAUUCAUUUCAUUGAACACAAGUUAAUAAAUAUAGAGAAUCCUGG